UCCUGGAGCUCCGCCCAGUCUUCGACGUCACUGACCCGGAAGCGCGACCCUGUCGGGGACGGGGAGAGCCCGGCUGGUUUUUAAAUCUCUCCCGGGCUGGCGCAGCCUGUAAGCCCGGUGCUCACCCGCCCACAGAGCUCUCCACCUCAGCAGCAUGAGCGAUGGCUUCCGGAAGGCGGAGUCUGGCACUCAGCUCCUUGCUAGGUUGGAAGGACGGUCCUCUCUGAAGGAGCUUGAGCCUCUGCUUUUUGCGGAUGAAGGGCAUCCUGUUCACGGUGAUAUCAUUGAAUUUCACGGCCCCGAAGGCACAGGGAAAACAGAAAUGUUCUGCCACUUGAUCUCCCGCUGCAUCCUGCCGGAGUCAGAAGGUGGUCUUCAAGCAGAGGUUGUGUUUAUAGACACCGACCAUCACUUUGAUAUCCUGCGUCUGGUUACCGUUCUGGAGCACCGGCUCUCCCAGAGCAACGAGGAGACCGUGAAGCAGUGUCUGGCCAGACUUUAUCUGCUCUACUGCAACAGCAGCGUCCAGCUUCUCCUGACUCUUUACUCUCUGGAAAACAUGUUCUGCAGCCGGCCUUCCCUUUGCCUCUUGAUUAUAGACGGCCUUUCCGCUUUUUAUUGGAUCGACAGAAACAACGGAGGGGACAGUGUUUGGAAACAAGAAUCCAACAUGAAGAAGUGCACCGAACUCCUGGACAAGCUGGUCAAGGAAUACCAGCUGGUUCUCCUUGCCUCGACCCAGGCGAUAAUGCAGAAGUCUUCCGGUGAAGGUUUCGAGUGGUUUUCUAGUUCCUCAAAGCCGCCGAGUGGCCCCGCAGACUAUAAACCUUAUCUCUGCAAGCUGUGGCAAAACGUCACAUCUCACAGGAUAUUCUUUUCAAAAGAACCAAGAACUGAGGGAGGCGACCAGACGUUUAGCAUAGUAUCCUGCAAUCUGAAGAAUAAGAAUGUGAUGAGAAGGCUUUUUACGGUUGCGGAGUCUGGCGUUCGAUUCGUAUGAGGUCUAUGUUUGUGCCCCCCCCCCCUUUAUUCUGGCUGUUUUUGGUUUGUUUUUGUUUUUUAUAGUGAAAUAUCCGCAAUGCGGGUUUAUACAGAAAAGUCCUGGAGAUCACAUUGUAAAAGCUUUUCACAGUAUCUGUGAGUUUAUUUAUCCCUAUUUUUUGCCAGUUUUAAAAACACAACUACAUUUUAAGUAGUUUUAUAGGAUAUUGAAAGUGUUCAAAUAAAUGAGAUAUAUGAAAAUGUCUGAUCGUGAUAGGAGUGUUUAGCUUUGUUCCUGCGGAUUAUGUCACAAUGCAGAUCUGCUCCUUCUAAACAGUGGAACUGCAUCUCUAAUGAGAUUUAAACAAAUGGCUGGAAAUCAUUUGGACUUUUUAACCUUUCAUGACUUUUCUUUCCCAUUUCACCAAUCAUGCUCUCUCAUUGGCUGGCCAUGUUCUAACGUUAGCCAAUUAGAAAUUUGGUAUGGUCCAACCUCCAGAGAGUCUAUUCCCUUAACCACAAG